GGGAAAGCUUACUAUACAUUUUACAUUCAGUGCCUAAUAUUACCUAAUCGGGCUUUUUUAGGUGAGACAUUCUGAUCAUGCCGUUCAAAGAGGAGGAUGUGGCCAAAUCUAAUAUCUCCUCAGUUCUCUUCAAGACUGCGGAAGGUGAACCCAUGUCUUUCUUCCUCCGACCGGGUCUUGUCAAAAGCAAGCUCCAGCCACUCAUCACAUCUGGAGGAGGGAUGUUGUGCAGUGUCCAGCAGCCAGGUGCAAUCCUGCUGAUUGACCCAGAGGAAAGAGGCUCUCUCCGUGAAACCACUGCUCACUGGUACGUGUCCACCCAGUACAUUUACGACUGUAUCGAGAAGGAGGAACGGUUAAAUAUAGAGGACUACAGGUUAAGUCCUGAAGAGGUCCCAAGACAUUCAGGCAGACUGUUUAACAACUACAAAGAGUGCUUUUUAAAAGUUUUAGGAGGCAGGGCUGCCUACACCCCUGAAGAGGAUGCAGCCAUUUUGAAUUAUGUCAGCAACCACAAGAGCGAGACGGGGGGAAACCGGCUCUGGCAAGCGAUGGAGAAGCAGUGUGUGACCAGUCACAGCUGGCAGUCAAUGAAAUAUCGUUAUAAAGUACAACUGGCUAAGAAAAAUCCUGAGGUUGAGAAGGUGAAAACAGCAGAGGAAGAGAUCAAGGAGGCGGGAAGUCAAGAGACAGAUGUUCAGAAACCUCCCAGUGAAGAUGCUGCUUCUCCUCAGACACAUUCAGCAGCAACAGACCUAACACAGAUAGAUACCCAGCUCUUACCAGCUGAAAGUACACAACCAGAAAAUGUAGAGGCUGAGACAUCAAACUCCCCCCAACCUGGAGAACCUUGUUUGGACCCACAGACAGAUGCCCACCCCAUUCCAGCUGAGAGCACAGAGCCAGCAACAGCAGAGCCGCAAACAACGGCCUCUCCACAGAAAGAAAGUGCGCCAGAGGACUCUCUGCAGUCCCUGCCAAACACUCCAACUCCAAAAAAUAGAAAGCAGCCAAAGCAGAGGGCCUCCCCCGAGCUGCAACAACCGCAGCGCCGAUUGACACGUAGGCACCUUGAGCUCGAGAUGUCGUCAUCGCCUAAACCUUACAGCAAGAAACUCAGAUCAUCGUCGACCUCUCCCAAAAAGCUGUCAUCAUCUCCCCAGCCCGUAAACAACACUAAAUCAGCUGUUAAGCUUGCUGCUCAAAAACACACAGCAACAGACCCGCCACCUUCAAAGAGAGCCAGAGGCAAGAGUGUGGCACCGGUGGCAGAGAGUCGACAAGAGGAGAGUGAAGAAGCUGCUGUCUCUGAAAUACAGCAAACAGAUGAAGAAUCUACGUCAUCGCCACAGAAAGUAGAGACGAAAAAAGAAAAGAGAAAGUUGGGGAUUCUGGAGUUGGCUACAAAGGAGUUUGAAGAUGAAAGUGAGUCUGCUGAGGACGAAGCUCCAGAUCUCCGAAACCCAGCUGAAACCGCGGCGAUACAGCCCACAUCAACAGAACCCCUGUCUUCAGUCACAGCCGCAGAUCCUGUCUCCACACAGUCUAACCCUGAACCUGGACCCAGCCUUCAGGGGAAAGCACAACAGACCCAGUCCCCCAGCAGUAACCGUGUACCAGAAACAGGGUGCCCUGAACCUGCAGCUUCUGAGGCCGUCCACGCAGCCUCCAGGCCCCACCUGUUCAUAUUUGACAGAGAAUCACAGGAGGAAGACUCUCAGUCCCUUGUCGGUAACAGUGCCGCAGCUCCGUCCGAACCGCAGCCACCAGUGAACAACGACGCUGCACUUUCUCUGACUCAGGUCGAGUUAGAGGAGGACAUGCAGCAAAUCAGAGAGCUGAUGAACCGGACAAACCAGGACUUAGCUAGCGUGACCAAAGCCCUGUUGAAGACCAGCGGAGACUUCUCCGCUGCGCUGGAUCUGCUUUUAGAUCCGUCCUCCAUUUCUGGACCAUUUUGGAAUCGACGUGAUGACAGUCUUUUGCUCUCUGCUGAUCCUGUUGUUCUCCUGCACCUGCAGGAGAAAUACAGUGAGGAGGAAGUGGCCAAAAGAAUAGUGUUUCUUGAGGUGGAGAGAUGAGAGAGGGGAUCUAGACGUAUGGAGCAUACACACCAACAUUAUUACAUCAAAGAACUCGUGUUGCUAGUUAGCUGAUAUUCAUUAUAGUUUGAAUUGCCACGUCCGCUGUCUGUUUCUUCAUUAGCGUCCCAGAUUCUUUCAACAUGAAAACUACAGAUUGUGUGGCCCUCACUUCAUUGCAGCUUAGUCUGACAAACUUUGAAGGAAUAAAAUCAUAGACUUUUGAGUGACAUAGCGGCUAUUGUGCCAUGCUCUGUUCAGAUGUUUGGGGACAGAAUCUUUUAAUGCAUUUUAGCAUGAAAAUAUUUUGUCAUUUUUUAAAUGUUUUUC